AUGACGUCCAUGCUCAACUGCAGCAUUUGUCCACAACGACCUUCCUUUACCGACGUCUCCCACCUUCUCACUCAUGUCAGCUCCAAGGCUCACCUGGCUCAGCUGCAUAAGCUGCAAGUCAAGAGCCAUCAAGAGCUUCAAGCUGCCUACGACUUGAGUGCCUACAACCAAUGGUAUCAAGAGCAUGGCUUGGCUCAACUUCUGUCCGAACGCAUGCAGCAAAAAGAGCUCAAGCAAGCCUCCAAACGAAAUGGUGCAGGAAAGAAGCGUGCCAUAAAGCAAGAGCGUGGUUCAGCCGAUCCUCCAGUCCAACGUCGUACGACCGGCCGGGGAAGAGGGCGUGGCCGAGCCAACAAGACCAGCGGAGAUGCUGAUGUUGACAACGGAAACGGCUAUAGCAAUGUCCAAACUGGAGUUUACCCUCUCACGCCUCUUAGACAAACCUCAUCUAUGCAAAGUUCACCGCCUUUCAACGACACCUACCCGACGGAAAUCGACCCAGCUCUCAUUGCGACGCCUGCUAAUGCCAGCAACAAGCUGAAAGGGAAGAUUUGGCCCGGCAUGGACCUGUUCGAUGCUGCGACUCCAGACGAAGCUCGUCGACGAAACCAAAGGAAGGAUGCAUCAGUCGUCAAGAGAAUGGAACGUCUCUCUCGCAUGGUCAUACCCAAUGAAGUCACAUUUUCGGCCGAAUGGUCUUUCAGGAAGAGUCGCCACAUCGACGAUCUCGACGAUGCUAGCAGCCUGAUCGAGGGCGAGUCACCACUCAUGUUUAAGCCCAAACCGAAGCCACGUCUCAAGAAGAAGCCUGUACACCGGGCUUUCACCAACGCUACUCGCACGUCCAAGAGGAAAGCUUCACCUACACCGAAGCGUAGACGCUGGGCUGCAGCAGCUACUCCUAAGCCUGCCCUGGCCGAUGCUCCAAUGCCCGUGCAUGCUACCCGCUAUCCGGGUUUGUACUCGCCCUCCGAGGACGAGGACGAUUUCAAGAUUGCUGUUGGCAGCAUUCCGCCAAAGAAGCGACGUGCCAAGUUCGCCAUCUUCGAGGGCAGCCCGGCCAUUGCACUGGACUCUACUCAGCUCGUGUCCUUGACCCAAUCAUACAAUGCCCCAGCCCCUCGCCUCACAUACCAAAAAGCCCCAUGGCUGCAGCCUCAGAACCAAAAUCCACUCUUCAUGGAUGCCCACUACAACCCGCACAGAGCUAGCUCCACGCAGGAUCCCCUGCAAGACAUCGGGCUUGGCAAGGAAAACUACCCGCCUGCACAGGAUCACGGACGGCAAUCUGACAAUCCAUUGCAAUGGCAAGCGACUCCGUUCGACGGUCAGCCCGAUGCUCACGUGUUCGACUCCCCAUUCGGUCCCUUUGCUGGGGUUUUUGGGAUGGCGAGCUUGCCUGACCCCUGUGGAUAUACCAGGAACCCUCUCGCCGAGGCCUCCGCGCACUUCGGCAAGGAUCAGGAUGACGAUGCCGUCAAGCAAAAUUUCGGGUCUGUCGGUGACCGUGGUCAUAGCGUUGGCCCGCAGCACCGACAACAAUCCAUGCGCGCCGGUAGUCGAGCUUGA